UCCAUGGCCAAGCUUGCUUCCCUUGCGCUCUUUAACUCCACUAGCUUCUUCUUUGACCACGCCGUCCCAAGUCUUCUUGACUCUUGCUCUGCUCCAAUCACCGAGAACCAUGGCCGGAGGAGGUGGCGGCGGCGACGAGUCGAACACAACGCUGGAGCAAACUCCGACAUGGUUCGUCGCCAUCGUCUGCUCUGUUAUAGUCUUCAUCUCCGUCCUCUUCGAGCGCUUCCUUCAUCGUCUCGGCAAGGGGCUCCAGAAGAACAACCGAAAGCCCCUCUUCGAGGCCCUCCAGAAAAUUAAAGAAGAGUUGAUGUUGCUGGGGUUUAUCUCGCUCUUGCUGGUGGUGCUGCAGGGCCCUAUCCAGCGCAUCUGCAUCCCUGAGGGCAUCACGCGUAAGCUGCGCCAUUGCAAAGGAAAUGAUGCGCCUUCCUCCGUUGCCGGCGGUUCCUCCUCCGGCGGAAAUCACGGUGGCGCGCGCAGGUUACUGGCCGGGGGAGGAGAAAUUUCCGGCCACUGCCAUAGCCAGGGAAAAGUUCCAUUGAUGUCGGUUGAGGCAAUUCAUGAACUGCACAUGUUCAUCUUUGUUCUGGCUGUCACUCAUGUCAUGUCCAGCCUCAUCACUAUGGUUCUUGGAAUCAUGCAGAUGCGCAAAUGGAGAAGCUGGGAGGAUUCAAUCCACGAAGCGAAGGGGAACGUUCCUCCAAAGAUCAGAGAUGUACAGAAAUGCAAAUUCACCAUAAAGUGUUUCGAGGGAUUCAGCAAGGAUUCAUCGAUAUUAAGUUGGGUGCAUUCUUUUUUUAAGCAAUUCUAUGGAUCCGUCACCAAAUCGGAUUACAAUACUAUGAGACACGGAUUCAUCAUGACUCACUGUAGAGGAAACCCGGGGUUCGACUUUUACAAAUAUAUGAUAAGAGUCCUUGAAGCUGAUUACAAACAAGUUGUUGGCAUAAGUGGGUACUUGUGGAUUUUCGCUGUGAUAUUCUUGCUGGUGGGUGUCGAAGCUUGGCAUGUAUAUUUUUGGAUAUCAUUCGUGCCCCUUAUUCUUUUGCUUGCUGUUGGCACCAAAUUGGAGCAUGUGAUCGCCGAACUGGUUAGUCAGGUUGCUGAAGGCCACUUGAAAGCAACUCUUUCAGAUAAAUUAUUCUGGUUUAACAAUCCAAGAGUUGUGUUGUUCUUGAUCCACUUCAUGCUGUUCCAAGUUGCAUUUGAGAUUGCAAUUUUCUUCUGGAAACUGACAACAUAUGGCAUGGAGUCCUGCAUCAUGGAGCAAGUAGGCUACAUUGUUCCCAGGCUUAUCAUCUGUGUGCUUGUCCAAAUCCUUAGCAGUUAUAGCACCCUUCCACUCUAUGCCAUUGUUACUCAGAUGGGGAGCUCAUUCAACAUGGCCAUAUUUAAUGAGAAUGUGCGAGCUGGUGUUCUCGAUUGGGCCAGAUGUGCAAGGAACAAGAAAGAUAGGAAAAUGAGUGGUGACGGCGGUGAAUCGAACAUGAAGGAAUCGACAGAUGGAAACAAUAAGUUUGAUGAUAGCCCCCAGUUGGAGAGAGUUGUUGUGAAGGAAGAUGCUGCAUUGGAAGGUUGAGAUAUUAUCUCAACUACAUCACUACCCAAUAUUAUGAAGCAAAUGAAGACUGCAAAACUUGAUGGAGCAACCUCAAGAUCAUCUAUUGUUCUCUAUCAGGUAGACUGCAAUAAUAAAUCACUUCCUUAAUAUGUGUCAAUAGAUAGCAUUUGUUAGCCAGGUUUAAUUGUCUUGUGUUAAGUCUUGCUCAUGCACAUUGUUUGUUAUAUAUAAGUUGAUAUUUUUGGCUGAUGACUUGUUAGAUUAAGGAAGUGAGAUACAUCAAUGUUUUUGUCCAUAUAUCCAAGCUUUCUUUAGAUUUUUAUUA